AUGAGUGCUCCUCGCUCUCCUCACUUGGGUGCUGCUAAUCGUAUUCUUUGUUAUUUGAAGAGCACAAUUUGGUUUGGUCUUUCCUUUCGUCAAUCUCCAAGCCCCUUUGCUCUUUGUGGUUUCUCUAAUUUUGAUUGGGCUGGUUAUCUUGAUACCUGUCGUUCGACUAUUGGCACUACAUGGAUCUCUCAUCUCCUUCAUGAGUUGGAGCUUCCUUCUUCUGGACCUACCAUAUUGUUGUGUGACAAUCUCAGCACUACCUACAUGGCUUCUAAUCCGCUCGCUAACAUCCUCACCAAGGGCCUUUCUACGUAUUAUUUCCAUCCUCCUUCAUUCAAAUCUCGUCUCUUCCACAUCAUCGGAUUUGUGGGGGAGUGUUAG